CUUAAGAUCAAAUUAGUUUGAAAAAGGCUUCCAACAUGCCAUUUCAUAGGUGUUCUGAGCGGUAUUAUAGAACGAAUCAAAAAGAGAUUGAAACAGGGGGAUUAUUCCUGCCAGUCCUAUCUCAAUUUCAUUUUCAGUGCUGCUUCCAUUGCGCUUAUAUUAUAACGCCACAACAUAGAGCCAACGGACGUGUAGCGUUGGAAAGCUUUAUGAGGAAUUAAUGGAAGCGACCAAUUUAAGUACAGAGCGCGUGAAGAAAUUUUACAAUGGAUAGAUUCCUGUUACUGCAUUGGCGCUGCUCGCGGAACGUUACACUUCCGUUUUCUAUUCCCGCCUUUCCCUUGCAAACUUACCAACGCCGCCGCGAUGCAAUUGUAUAAGAGCUACUGCACAACGCAACCACGCAAUAUAACAACGAUUCGCAAUGUUCAAUUUUUAAUAUUCGGUGUGUACGUACCAACGGGAUUAAAAGUUCUAGAAGACAAUCUGAUUCCCGGUAUUAAGUCACACUUUUUCGGUCUCAAUUUCAAGAAGCGGUAAGGUAACUUCGGAGCCAGCAGUUUUUCACGCUCCAACUUUACCCGCGAAACUCGAUUAACUGCAAUAAUUUAUUCAAAAAAAGCUAUUUAGAGACUUCUAUCUCCAUUUGUUUAAAAGGGAUGAGCUUAUGCCUAGCAGCAGCACCAUAAUCACACAUUUCCAACUUCUCUGGAUUCACGCAUUAAAUCUGGAUGGAGAUUUGUGUUUGCUAUUAUCAUCAGCCUACGAAAAAUAACAUAUUAAACUUGAAAGAAAACCACAGUCCCCUUACAACACGAGAACGAUGCCACGAGCGGAUAGGGCGAAGAGUUUCAAUAAAAAGCAGGAAACCGUCAGCUUCUGAUGAUACUUAAAGACUAAAUUGGACCUGAACAUUGAAAGAAACUGUAGAGGAAAAAAGAAGCACCUUUGAAGAAAGAGGAAAUGCUUUAGUUCGAAAUCGACACAGGCUUUGCGAUUUAUAACGGCACUUCUCACUCAAACGUAGGAUCAAAAAUUAGAGAUACACGAGAAUCUUGAAGCACCUCGCUUUAUUGGCAGAAUGGGCUGUCUGUUUUCAAACCUCAAGGAGACGGGCGAUGAUUUAUACCUUGACAUAAAUGAGUUAAAAGAGAUCCCAGAACACAUCAACAAAAACAAUAUCAAAAGUCACCUGAAAAACCCGAUCCCAAAGCCAUACAGCCGCAACAAACCCGCUGUAUACUACGCAAAACAAGAGAACCAAGAGGCUGCCAGAAUUGAAUCCGAACUAUCCGAGCAGAAAGUACUAUUCGAUUCAAACGCCAAUGUUGACACUCAGGGCGCCUUUGAUGGAAUGUUCCAGGAAGAACCGUAUAAAGCCAAAAUCGACGACAUCCACUGCAACCUCAACAAAACAAUAACAAGUUGCAAAGAUUCUGAAAUAACUCAUCUUAUUCUGCCUCUGAAAGCCACCAGAAACUGUUCGUUUGACCUUGAAACUCAUAUUAUGGAAUACAACCCAAAGAAAUCAAUCAAUAUUUACAGACUAGAGCAAGGUAAUUUACACGAUGAGAGAGAUGAAGAUUACAGUGAAAACGACGAUGACGAUUACUCAACAUUUCCCACCUAUGAAGUGAUUUGCAACGACCACUUUCGGGACAAUUCCAAUGAAAACGUCCACUUAGCUUUCCAAAACCGAAAUUUUGAAGAUGUUUCCGUUGAGCCUGAUAACGGAGGCCCUAGAGAAUCUCGCAACGUGUACCCCAAGGGUAGGGCUAAAGUACAAUUAGCAGCAGCAACUCAUAGUUCAUAUGCUCAUACUAGUUCAGUAGGAGGUGUGCGCAGAGUGAUUGGUCAACGAAAAGGUGCCCAAGAGAAUGUGUACGGGCGUCAGAAUUCAAACGAAGGCGAGUCGGCAGCUACGACGCGAAUUCCAAACAGUGCUUCCUCUACGUUCCGAAGCAACAAAAACAGACAGGAAAGCCACGAGCGACUAUCGUCGAGCGGAGUUAGCUCUGAAAGCAUCGAAAACGAGAAUCAUCAUAAUUACCACGGGAGACGGAGAAUAUCUGCAAUUUCUACAACCAGUAUGGACAAAGAAACUUUAAAUUCCUUAGACGGUAUCAGUCAUUUGCACCCCCAACAUGCCUCAUUCAACAUGUUUGGCUCUAUGACAGACAGAAGGAGCUCUAGUUCGUUCGAUUCUAAUGUCCGACGCUUGAGUAUAAAUUUAGUUCAAAUGUUCCACAAUCAGAAUCAGCAAUGAUUACAAAUUUUAAAAUUGGAGUGCUAAUUUGUGAUAUUUUUGAAAUACAAAAAUUUAUCUGUUUAUUUAGGGAUCAAAUACAUUUCUA